CAAGGGGACAUAUUACAAAGGAGAACCGCCUUCCUCCGUCUCUGGAGUCCUCGCAUGUUUGGCUUCGCACAUUCACCCCCAGUCGACACUUCUCCAUUGAUUGUCGUGGGCUUAUUAUUGCAUCUGCAUUGAGUUAUAAGGAUGCCCCUAUUGAAAAGAAAGCCUUUUCCCUUGGCUGAACUGCCUAAUGACUUGGAUCCAAAUGAGCUCGUAUACCAAGUUCGAUAUACAGGAGAGAUAUUUCGGGAUUAUGAUGAAUAUUUGAACCGGAUAAACUUGUAUCGCCAAAGAGUUUGGAUGUGCAAGGUUUCUGGAAAGACUAACUUGACCUACGAAGAGGCUUUGCUAUCAGAAGAACAUGCUACAGAGAAGGUUCUUCUGUUCCCUAAAGAGGUCAUGGCACCUGCGCUGCAGCUUAUUCAAUACAGUAUGCUUCCAUUGAAAGAUCUUGCUGACAUGAUAGCUGCGAAGUUGAAUGAGCGCUUAUAUGUGGGUGCAGAGUUGUAUGCAAGAAAGGAUGCUGGUACAUAUUCUUGUAAAAUAUCAAAUGUUCUUGAGGACGGUACUGGAACAAUCAAAUAUGAGGUGGCCUGGCUGGACAGGAAUAAAAAAGUUACGGGGACUUCCAUCAUAAAUGGGGAAGAUCUGGUACAGAAGAAGCCUCAAUUUAGUAGAAACUUUGUGAAAUUGUUUAUUCGGGAAUCUACCUACCGAAAUGCUCCUUGGGUGCUUCAUGAUAAACUUGCACAAAGCCAUGGAAUCUCCAAAAGUGUUCCACAGAACUUAAAAGGCAAAGUUUCCUUCGAGGAUGGAUUACUAGUUUGCAAGAAAAGAAAGGAAAUGGAGGAGGAAGCAAAAGAUGAACCAGGAAAUUGUAAAAGGAAAAAGUUAGAUGGUUCAGAAAGAGAUCAACCAGCAGAAGAAUCUAUCAAAUAUCCAAUUGAUGACCUCUUGGUUCAGCCACAUCCAGAUGAUCCAGUUUUUACAGAUCGCCCUUCUCCAUCUAGGGACUUUAAUGUUCCAAUGGAAUGUUUUGGUGACUUUUUAAUGGUUUGGGAUUUUGUUUCAUCUUUUGGUAGGCUAUUGCACUUAUGGCCAUUUUCUCUUGAAGAUUUUGAAAAAGCUAUCUGCCACAAGAAGGGCAAUUUGACUCUUCUUGUUGAAACUCAUGCGGCUCUUCUUCGGGUGCUCAUAAAGGACAACGGUGAAUAUGUUUUAGCUGUACAAAAACGAAGACCAAAGAUUACAUUAAUCACUUGGACGGACUAUUUGUGUGAUUUCUUAGAAAUGGUGAACAUUCCUGAAUUACGUGAUCACACAGCAACUAUCAAGCGGGGUCACUAUGGUCUUUUAGAUGCUAAUGCUAAAUUGGCAAUCUUCCGAGAAUUGAUUAAUCAAGCACUUGAAUCAAAUAUUGUUAGGGAGAAGUUGGAUGAUAUUGUUGAACAGAGGCAAGCACUUGGGGCCUCAAGGAGGGAGGAAGCAUUGGAGGAAGCCAGAAAGAAACGAGAAAAGAAAGAGCGGUUGAACGCUGAGCCAGAUGUUAAUCGAGGAGUCGAUCUGAAGAGUGUAGGAAGUGCUGCAGCAAAUGGUAAUCAUAUAAGGCAGAACGGAGAUAUAGUAAAGAAAAGAAAUGGUGAGAUCCAGUCAUAUAGAGAAGAUCAUGUAUCGGAUAAAAGUGAGAGCAAGCAAUUGGACACCGCAUCAAAACAGAAUGUGGAAGGGAAAGCUCCAAUAAACAAUGGGAAGGAUUUAUCUGACAAGGACGCAAAGAAAUUGCCGAGGGAUGAUGGAAAGGAAGUCAGGGGAAAGAGUAGCAAAGAACGGAGAGAAUAUUAUGAGAGGGAGAUGGAGAAGCGAUUUGUACGCACCGACUCCUUGGGUAAAGACAGAAAUCAUAACAGAUAUUGGUGGUUCCAGCGAGAUGGUAGAGUAUUUGUUGAGAGUUCCGAUUCCAAGCAGUGGGGAUACUAUAGUAGCAAGGAAGAGCUUAAUUUGUUGAUGGAGUCACUGAAUUGCAAGGGUGAGAGAGAGAGGGAACUCAAAACGCAGCUGGAAAAAUUUUACAGCCGAAUAAGCCUGGCUCUCGAAAAGAGAUCAAAGGAAUUGGCUCAAAAGAUUGCAAUGGAGGAUGAGUCUGUGGUUCGAAGGUCUACUCGUGUGCGUGCUCCGCCAAGCAAAAAUCCUGCCAAUGCUUUCCUUGAGUACGUUAACAAGUGGAAGGAGGAAUAACUGGGCUUCGGUUUUGUGUUAAGAGGCCAAAGUUGCAAUUAGUUUAGACUAUUGGCUCCUGCACUUCCCUACAUUUAACUUGGCAUUAGACCAAAUUAGAGUAGGAUUUUUCUGAUGGGCUCCAAUACUUUCUUGAUAUAUCUUUGGUGGGUAUGGAAUGUUUGGAGUCCGGGGCCAAGGAAGUGAGGACAUAAAAAGUAGGAGAAGAAUAGGGAAUGAGCAGGCAUGUAUUUGUGCUUUGCCAUUCAAUUCUUUGUAAAUGAUCUUGGUUCACAUUGAUUCUCAUGAAUUACUGAGACGUAACAUCUAUCAUCAUUUUCCUUUUAAUUUUUGAA